GGGCUGUUGGGAUCUUAUAAGAAGAGCAGUGGUCUGGACUGAACAAUAGCUUUUAUAAUUACUGUUGUUACUACUCUACUACUGAAGCAACUACUCAAACUACUUGACCAACUUUGAUUUAUACAUACAUACAUCCUUUAGAAAGUCUGAUAUUAGAACAUGGAGACUGCAAACAAGAUCUGGCACACUGCUGCUGAUACAUUCCGAGACGACCCUCACCCGCUCGACAGCCGUGGCACCCCGGGCAAUGUCAAACAGGAGCAGCGUCGUCAGCAGCAUGGUGAGGAGCCCAUUGCUGGCGUUCCCGGUCGAGGAACGGUGACGGAUCCUUACGAUGCUGGAAAUCGCGACGGUAUGUCUCUCUUACUCUUCUCCUCUCUCCUCUCCUUUCCCGAAAAGAAGGAAAAGAAAGCAAAUGAACUGACAAAACCAGACCAACCGGGCGCCGUCAAAGGCCAAGAAGCCACCGUGCCCGUCCACGAAGCCCAGUCCUCUCUCCCAUCAUCCCAUCUGCAACCCUCCUACGAAAGCAAAAAGACGACUCUCCCUGACCGCUCAACAACCGGAUCCAGCACCACGGGUGCUGCUGGUGCUGGUGCUCACUCUGGCACCUUCACCAAAGGCGGAGUCGACUCCUCGUCUGAUAUCUGGGUGCCCGGCGAGCCGGGCCUUGAGCAGAGGGAUGCGAACUUGGGGUUGAGCGGGUACGGCCGGGAUGCUCCUGAGCCGCGCACUGGCGCGCAGACAAGUAAGGUCGCGUCGCUUGAUGAUACCGAUGUGCGUGCUUCGGAGAGGCAGUUCGGUGGUGGUGUUGGUGGUAUCGGAGCCACUGGCGCGACUGGCAGUGGGAGUGCCAGUGCUGGUCGGUAUGCGGAGCCUGUGUCUACGCCGGCGGCGGCUUCGACGUCGUCGACUUCUGGUCUUCCUAGUGGUGGCGGUGUUAGAGGUACUGGCACUAGUGACAGUGCUGGAUAUGUGGAGCCGGCUUCUACACCCACGGCGUCUUCCACGACUUCGACUUCUGGUAUCCCUAGCGGUGCCGGUGUGAGAGGCACUGGAACGAAUGACAGUGCUGGCCGAUCUGCGGAGCCGGUGUCUUCACCGACCGCGCGCUCCACGGCGUCGACUUUUAGUCCUCCUCCCCGCAGCAGUGGUGGUGGUGAUGCCUUUGCCAAGGCUGGUAUGCCUGCGAAGGAAGAAGAGGAGGAAACGGCAGGAAGCAGGAGCGUCAGCGCAAAGGAGGAACCAUCUGUGCUGCGAAUGCCGUCUAGUAUUUCGGAUGAGAGACGCAGCAAGCACCACGAGGCGAACUCCAGGCACGUUGACCCUGACGUGUUGAGGGGCCCUUCGGUCUCCGGCAUCAAUGAGCAGACCAAGAUCCGCUUUGAGAAAGAGGCGGAGAAGGCUGCUAAAGAAGACUCUGGUACAUCGCCGGCUAAUAUUCCUCUGGCUUCGGGGCCGGGGACCAGGGAGCGCUCGACCAUGCCGACUGGUGCUGACAAGUCUGAGACUGCCACGAAGGAGGAACAGAAGCAGACUUCGUCUCAGGGUGAGUCCGGACUGCAGCAGAAGCAGCAGCAGCUUGACGAGAGUACCUCUGCCGGAAGGGGCAAGUCCGAGCAGACAGAGAAGAAGACCAGCACAUCAGGUCUGUCUGGGGCGGGAUUGCAGCAGCAGCAGCAGCAAGACCAGAGUACCUCUGCUGGAAGGGCCCAGUCCGGCCACCAGGUUCUGGACAAGUCCGAGCAGUCCGAUAUGAGGACCAGCACUAUGGGACAGUCAGGCGCCAGCGAUCGUCAAGCCAGCCAGGCUGUGCAGGACGCUGAACAACGCGACUCAUCUGGCGGUGGCGCCGCCAGCAAUGGAAAGCCACGCGUGCAGCAAGGCGCGAGCAAAGAAGCCCUCCAGGGUCCUCAGGGUCCGCCCCCGAAGGAGUACGAGUUCGAGAAGGAGUUGACAUCAGGGCAAGGAGGCAAGGGAGGGUCGAAGACUGCGGAUCUCCCCGACAGCAAGGGCACAGGAACUGGCCAGAAAGCCCAACAGGCGAAGCAGGAGCCAGCUUUUGGACUUGUUGAUUCACAGACUGAUGGCUGAUGGCUAAUGUUGUUCAUGAUAAUGGAAGUGGAUGGCUUGGCUUCGGAGGGGAAUCUACUUGAUAUAAUGAUCACUGAGCCAAAAGAUGCUUGUCAUAGUAGACCAGAUGUAUUCCAGACUUGUCUGUUAUAAUUGAGUAUCAAGUACUAGA